AUGAAGACAGCCAGGAAGCUCGUAAAAAUGGCUAGAAAAUGGCAGAAAGAAGCUUCGCGAAGUUAUUGUAAUGAAAAAAUCACAAACAAGGGUCAUUUUGUUGUUUACACAGCUGACCACAAUCGUUUUGUGAUCCCAUUGCAGUAUCUAAACACCACUCUUUUCAAAGAGCUUUUGAGGAUGUCUGAAGACGAGUUUGGUUUGCCAACAGAUGGACCAAUCACUCUGCUUUGUGACUCGACGCUCAUGAGUUACUUGAUCAACGUGUUUGAGCGAGGUUUGAGUAUAGAGUUGGAGAAGGCAUUGUUAGUUUCGACUGUCGAUUGA